CAUGGCAGAAGCGAAAGCUACGUCGCAUCAGGGGUGAGCAGUACUAUAAAUAUCUGCUUGGUCAUUUGGGGAGAGGGGGUCAGGAUAAGAAUUAGGAAGCGGAGGAGAGGGCAAUAAUGAAGGGUAAGGAGUGGGACCCAAAUGUGGCAGGGCGUGGGAUAGGGAUGAACAUGACAUUGUCGGUUGUUUUGUACAGCUAAAGACCCCUUAAUCUCAUUAGAUUCUCUCUCUCUUUCUAGGUCCUAAAGAUUGAUUCUUAUCUUCCCGGCUUCACCACAAGCAACCAAGCUGUCUCUUGUUGGGAACACAGAAGCAACGCAAAUUCCUUAACCUAAAACUCAAACUCAAACCCCAAAUCUAUCUCCUUUUCUUUCACGUUUCUUUUUCUCUUUCUAAUUACAGAUGUUUACGCAACUUUGAUGUUGUGGUUAAGGCGUAAAAGCUGGUGGCCUGCUGUUUGCACAUCUCUUUCUCUCUUUUUUCUAGUUCUUUGACGGAUUGUGUAACGGUUGAAAUUAGCGGCAUGGGUCGGUGGAUUUUGGCAGCAUAAUGCUCGAUAUAGGGAGGAGGAUAAGGGGAAACAACAAGAUAUCUAUCUUUAUAAGCUACUUGCAUCAUCUGUUUUGAAACGUUUCAACUUUUUAAGCUACACACAAAAAAGAUCCAUGAUUAGUGUGAGCUUCGUUUAGCUUGGAUAAAAGGUUUUGCUUCUUAAAUUAUGGAAGUAACAGGUGAAGAAAAUGAUAAUAAAACGCCAGGCUCUGCAGGCUUUGGUCAGAACUCGCCUGGAGUAGAGAGAAGAAGAGAUGGGAAUCUUAAUGGUACUGAUUUUCUCACUUGCACUCAAACCCUAGAUCAUGUUCAUCGUCCGCAGAGACAACAGUCACUCGGCCAAGGAAGAUCUCCACGCCUGGAUCGAGUCACUGCCAGUUGUGCAGCUGUUGCACCCAUUUCGGUUAGUUCGAACACUAAGCCAUCCAGUGUCAUCAGAUAUCGAGAGUGUCUCAAGAACCACGCAGCCAGCAUCGGUGGAAACGUUUACGAUGGCUGCGGUGAGUUCAUGCCUAGUGGAGAAGAAGGAAGUCUCGAGGCCUUGAAAUGUGCUGCCUGUGACUGUCACCGCAACUUUCACCGCAAAGAGGUUGAUGGAGAGAUCCAAUUCGGGGCUAAUUCAAGUAGAAGAAGCUUGAUGCUUAACCCUCUUCAGUUGCCUCCACCGUUACCAUCACCAACCAUGCUUCACCACCAUCAAAGGUACUCAGUUCAUACAAGUCCUUCAAGUGCAAUGGUUGCACCAGUGAAUGUGGCGUUUGGCAGCGGAGGUGGCUGUGGAACCGAGUCUUCAAGCGAGGAUCUUAAUGUGUUCCAGUCCAACGCUGAGGGAAUGCCACCACCACCCACUUAUGUUUUGUCUAAGAAGAGGUUAAGAACAAAAUUUACGCAGGAACAGAAGGAUAAGAUGUUGGAGUUAGCGGAGAAAUUGGGAUGGAGGAUCAAUAAACAAGAUGAGGAGGAAGUGGAGAAGUUUUGUGCUGAGUCUGGGGUUAAAAGGCAGGUUUUCAAGGUUUGGAUGCAUAACAACAAGAAUGUGAGGAAGCAGCCGCAGGAGUAAGAGCUCUUCAUGGUUGCGAAAUGUGAGAUAUGCAUAGAAGAGGCAGCCUGGAUUAAUCAGAGACGACAUUAUAGAGUGUGGAGGGAGCUGGCCUUGAUCUUGAAUAUUUGUAUAAUUCUUCAUUGUAAGCCUUGGUUUUCUCUUGGCAUUGAGCACUGUUCCAAACAGAAAAAUCUUGUAUUAAUUGUUUCUCUUUAAUUUAUGGUAGUUUCUUUCUCACCAUUUCUCUGCCCCAUUAUUU